AUGAGUCUUAAGUCUACAAGCACCGGCGCAACAGCCAUCCUACUCAACCCCAGACCUCUGGUGCACGCCUCUGGGGGUUUCCUAUUACUUCCUCUUCUCCCUUAUCGGCCUCAGCUCAAGCCACUUCCAUUAGAAGUAUGGACCAAGAUACUUGCAUACGCCUACGAAUAUUAUGAGAGCGAGCCUAUCAGGCCUUGUUUCAAUACUCUGAAAUUGGGCUUGCUUUUGAUAUGCAAGGACUUGAAGGUCGUCGCGCUGCCACUCCUCUACGCACGCGUUCGAAUUUCGUCCUUUGUAUGCUUCGACAGAUUUGCAGAGUAUCUUAUGAUGUCGGAUAAGAAAUGGGACUCCAUAUGUCGGAUUCCUUACUCUACACCUGGACGCUGGGUGCAGGAUCUCGACUUACGAGAAUUGGAAGUCACCCUUCGAGCCGAAGCAUACCGUGUCGAUACCCUUCUCUCGCUCGUCUUCCCUCUGCUACCCUUCCUUUCUCGCCUUGCGCUCAGCCCAACAUUGGCAUUGAGUCGGCGUGCUUUGACAUCCUUGUCGUCCCGUUCAGAGGUAGUCCACCUGCGCGUCUUGAAGGGCCUCAUGUUGCCUACUUCAGCACAAGUUGAAGAAGAUGCAUUCGUGGCGCUUCUUCGCGCAUGUGUCAAUCUCGAAGAACUCUCCGUCGUUGGGAGUGGCCUUGAGCUGGCUGACCUCGAUAUGCCGUCGGAAAGUGAUAUACCCCUCUACAUCCCACCGCUCAACCUCCCUCAUUUGAAGAAGCUCGUCCUGCUUUCUAUGCCGUCUUCACCUCUCAUGUAUUCUUUGCUCCAUUCGCCGCUUCCCUCAUUGAACCACCUCACCAUUACGCCUUAUGAUGACGAUUUCGUUCCGAUGUCCCUUGUCCAUCAGUUCCUCCAAGCCCAUGGCCGCACGCUCACAUCACUUCAUCUGUUUACCGUCAAAACCUGGCCUGCGGUGUUCCUACCAUCUCCGCCGGCAAUUCUGCAGACAUGUCCUAACCUUCAUCACUUAUCCCUAGAGAAUCCCGUCCCCGUCCUGGCCUUGUCAAAAACUGAUCCUCCGCAUCCCCUCCAAAUUCUGUCGAUACCACGUCCUUUCCCUGAGUUUCUGGCAAUAUUGGACGCCCUGCUUCCUCAGCUUCCGUCCCUGAAAACCGUCAGAGCUCGUGAUGUGCGGUGGCUGAGGCCGGGCAUGUCAUUGCGCGCGCAGAAUGCGGGAGUUCAGGGGGAGAUGUUGGAGUGGAGGCGCAGACUAGCGCGGAAAGGCAUUGAAGUGGUGGAUUCUGAGUGGACUAUGGGUGUGAAGUAUUGA